AGCCAACCCCUGCUGUUGUAAUGUAAAGCUGGUAGUAUCCUGGUGUACCGCUGUAAAGAAUCCGCUGAAAGGACCCGCUUUGAAUACAUCGGUGCCUCCAACUUAAUUAUUUCCUGCAUCGGAGAGAUUCCGCACCCACAUUACGCAUGGAAUGGUUUUGGGGGGAUUGGAGUAGAAAUGCAGCGCCGCACUUCCAGCCCACAACAAGAACCAUGCCCAGCUUACAUUGCAAGCAAAUCUAUGACAUCCUGUUUUAUCCGUUAUGACUUUGAUAUGAGUGAAUUUUGCUCGGAUACCGACGAGGAGUGAAGAAGACACACACAGCAGACAAGCUUAAGGACGCUGUUUACGCUGCAGACGCCUGUGUACCGAAAACCUCUGCAUUUAGGAUUUUUUUUUUCUUUGAUGGAGCUGGAGAACAUAGUAGCCAACACUGUACUGCUAAAAGCGAGAGAGGGUGGAGGAGGAAAGCGGAAAGGGAGGAGUAAAAAAUGGAAGGAGAUCCUUCGCUUCCCCCAUAUAAGCCAGUGCACUGAGCUCGGAAACAGCAUCGAGAGGGACUAUGUCUGCAUCUGUGAGAAACAGCCCAUUGGACGGCUUCUCUUCCGUCUUUACUGUGAGACCAGACCCAAACUGCAACGAUGCAUCCAGCUACUGGACGCAAUGGAAGACUAUGAGGUGACACCUGAUGAAAAAAGAAAAAGCAGAGGAGACCAGAUCAUCAAGACUUUUCUCUCAAAACAAUCACCUCAGCGUGUAGACAUAGCAGAGGUUUUUGCAGACCAGUGCAGAGAGAACCUCGAGCUCAGUCCAUGUAAGGAGAUCUUCAGCAACUGCCGCAAGGCCGUUCAUGACUACCUGAGUGGAGCUCCGUUCGAGGACUACCAGAACUCCAUGUACUUUGACCGGUUCCUGCAGUGGAAGAUGCUGGAGAGGCAACCAAUCACUAAAGACACGUUCAGGCAGUACCGAGUGCUGGGGAAGGGGGGAUUCGGAGAGGUGUGUGCCUGCCAGGUCAGAGCAACGGGGAAGAUGUACGCCUGCAAGAAGCUGGAGAAGAAGAGGAUAAAGAAGAGGAAAGGAGAGUCGAUGGCACUCAACGAGAAGCAGAUUUUAGAGAAAGUCAACAGUAGAUUUGUUGUGAGCUUAGCGUACGCAUAUGAGACCAAAGACGCUCUGUGUCUGGUGCUGACCAUCAUGAACGGUGGAGACCUGAAGUUUCACAUCUACAACAUGGGCACGCCGGGCUUUGAUAAAGACAGGGUCCAGUUUUAUGCUGCUCAAAUCUGCUGUGGGCUCGAGCAUCUCCACAGGGAAUGUAUCGUCUACAGGGAUCUGAAACCGGAGAAUAUCCUGUUAGAUGACAAUGGACACAUCCGUAUUUCUGACCUGGGGCUGGCCAUCAAAGUGCCUGAAGGAGAGCACAUCAGAGGCAGGGUGGGAACUGUGGGUUACAUGGCUCCGGAGGUGAUAAACAAUGAAAAGUACGGCAUGAGUCCUGAUUGGUGGGGGCUGGGCUGUCUUGUUUACGAGAUGACCGCCGGACGAUCGCCUUUCCGCGCCCGCAAAGAGCGGGUGAAACGGGAGGAGGUGGAGAGGAGGGUGCAGGAGGAAGAGGAGGAGUACAACGACAAGUUUACAGAGGACACUAAGGCCAUCUGUAGAAUGCUGCUGACCAAAGACCCUAAGCAGAGGCUGGGGUGCCAGGCGGACGGAGCAGCGGGUGUCAAGGCCCACUCGUUCUUCAAAAACAUCAACUUCAAGAGGCUGGAGGCUGGGAUAGUGGAGCCUCCCUUUGUGCCUGAUCCUCGAGCAGUGUACUGUAAGGAUGUGUUGGACAUAGAGCAGUUCUCCACAGUCAAGGGAGUAAAUUUGGACCAAACUGACAAUGACUUCUACUCCAAAUUUGCUACAGGCAGCGUUUCCAUCCCAUGGCAGAAUGAGAUGAUAGAAACUGAAUGUUUCAGAGAUUUGAAUGUGUUUGGGCCUCAAGGGACCAGACCUCCAGAUCUGGACUGGAAUCAGCCACCAGAGCCGCCCAGACGCAGCCUGCUGGACAGGAUCUUCAGGAGGCAUCACCAAGACGUGUCUAUUUCCCACAGCCGUGUGCAGUCUUCCAGUGUAAACUCUGUGGACUCCAUGUCCAACUCUGCCCCCUAGUGGCACAUCGACAGUGUGGGAGCCACACACACAGACACACAAAGGGAAGGAGCUCUGAGGGGCUUCCCCGCUGCUGAUUGGCCCACAGGCGGGGGCCUGAGCAGCAGCCGGAGACAGCCUGUCUAAAAGCCUAAAUG